AUGAUUGAACCUUCGAUUUCUCAUUUGUCCACUGGAGCACGUCGAGUUAAAACUUCAGAGAAUGAGGAAAGAGGAUUAAUAGAGAAGAUCAUGAUUUUUCUUGUUACAAUUGUUUUCAUAAUAACGUUUCCUAUAUCAGUUUGGUUUUGUGUCAAAUCGAUCAAUGAAUAUGAAAGAGCUGUAAUUUUUCGUUUAGGCAAACUAAAGCAAUCAAAACCUGUGGGACCUGGAUUUGUUUUUGUACUUCCGAUUAUAGAAACAUUCGCAAAAAUCGAUUUACGAACAAUAAGUUUUGAUAUACCGACUCGUAACGUUAUAACUUAUGAUGCUGUUAGUAUUGAGGUUGAUGCAGUAGUAUAUUAUCACGUGUUUGAUCCAAUUGGAGCUGUCACACAAAUUGAAGAUUAUGGAUAUGCAAUUGAAAAAUUAGCUCAAGCUGGAUUAAGAAAUACUGUUGGAAAGAAAACAUUAGAAGAAUUUACAAGUCAAAAAAAGCAAGUUGCAAAUUCAUUAACAACUUUUCUCGAUAGCAUUACAGAUGAAUGGGGAUUAAAAAUUGAGCGAGUGGAAAUACGAGAAGUCGGCCUGCCAAUAUCAAUGAAGCGUGCCUUAGCCGCUGAAGCUGAAGCUGCAAGAGAAGCCAAGGCAAAAAUAAUAAGCGCUGAAGGCGAACUGAGCGCAUCAUCAGUACUUAAACAAGCUUCUGAUGUAAUUGCAACCAAUCCAACAGCUUUACAAUUAAGAUACUUACAAACAUUGACAACAGUUUCUGCUGAAUUAAAUCAUACGAUUCUCUUUCCAUUACCAUCUGAGAUUCUAAGUCUUUUUUAUAUUGGAUAUCAUUCAAAUAUGGCAAUUAGUUAA